AAGUGUCCGUGGAUAUUUAAAACAAAGUAUAUUCCUACCCCAUAAUAUUAACAUAAUAGCUAAUAUUAUUAAGAGCUUACUAUAUGCCAGGAACUCAUUUAACUCUCAUUAGUAACCCUACACAGUAGGUGCUCUUAUUUGCCCCAUUUUACAUUUGUGUAACUAUGACCACCGGGUUAGCAGUCACCAUUUGGACUUGAGAGUCUGACUCAGAGCCUGUACUCUUAACACCCAGAUCACUAUAGAAACAGGUGCGUUUGGCCAGAAAAUAAUCUGCCAUUUGAAAAUACAGAACAUUAUCUUUUCUUCAACCUUUAUAAUUAACAACAGAAUGGAGCACAACAGGCACGAAAGACCUCAUUUCGUUGAAUUUGAAUGCAGUUCCUGUUGCUCCUUAGCAAUUUAAUAUUUGACAGUAUAAAAAAACUCCAGAAUAUUAGUAUUUAUUUAAAAAUGACAAGUAUCUACAAAUAAAAGGUGCUAUCGAAGAUAAAGACUUUGAGUAAGACAUGGCUCCAGCCUUUGAGCUUAUACUUUGAUAGGAUAUGCGUGUCGUCUUCACCAUACCAAUACCUGACGUGUCAUGUACAUGUUUUAUUGUGUCUUCCCCACUAGUACAGACACUUUGAGGCCAGGAGCUGUCUUAUUCACAGAUGUAUUCCAAGCACCUAGAACAGUCCUAGCACAUAGUAGGCACUGAAUAAAUACUUGCUGAAUAGAUGAAUAUAUAACAAGUAAAAAGGAGUUUCUGGUAUGUACUGGGCCUUUCCAGGCAGAGGGAGCAGCAAUGACAAAACAGGUGAUAAACCAAAAGCUGCAAGGUAGGGCAACUACUUCAUCCUUGAAUAUCUGCUUUUUAAGAAUCCUAGGCCUUAUCCUGUUAGUAGAAUUGGGCUCAGAGCAAGUGAGUCAAAGUUGAGCUUUCAGAUUAAUCUGAGGUACAGCAAGCUCAUUUUUUCCAAGGAGAAAAACUUUCUUUUGCUUACCUAUGUAUCUCCAAUUCCUAACCCAAAGUAAUGAGAGCCAACCUUUAGUGAGUUAUUGCUGCAUUCUAGAUAAUGACUAAGCAAUUUACAUGCAUUUGGCUCAUUUUAUACUCUCAUGCAGUAUUAUCACCAUUUUAGAAAGAAAUAGGCUCAGCAAGAUAAAGUAGCUCAAGAUCAAACAUGAGACUAAAAAUUAAGCAAAUUGGCAGAAAAAGAACAAAAGAGAAAGAUGACUGAAUUGUCUAGGUGAUAGGAAGAACUGAGUGCCUUAGGAGUCAACACAGGAAGGAUUACAGAGAAAAACUGGCUGGGCUUGAUUUUAGAUGUUGAAAUUGAAUAUCUGAUAGACAUCCUGGUGGUGAUGCUGAGUAACAAACGUGCUGGGUGCUUGCUAUGUACCAGGCGCAGCGCUAACCCUCCAGGGGCCUCCCACUGCAUUCAGAACAAAAUCUGAAGUUCUCACCAGGGUCUCCCAAGCUGGGCAUGACCCAGCCCUUGUGCCACAUCUCAUGCCACCUGCUGUCUACACAUACCCCUGUCUAGCAGUGGCUGGCAUAUAGAAGACAACUUUAUUGAAUAAAAUGAAUAAAUGAACAUGCUUUCUUAUUUAUUCUUAAAAACAAUCUUUGAGGUAGGGUGUAAUGUACCCAAUUUUAUUAAUAAAAGAAGACUUGUGCUGGAAAGAGCUCAGGGCUGGGGAAGGCUGAUUUUCCAGUCUGUACAGAGCUGAAGCUAAAGUAGGAUUGCAUGGGUGUUUCCCCAAGACCACUCCUGUGAUGGUUAAUCUUAAGUGUCGACUGGGCCAGAGGUUAUCCAACUAUUCGGUUAAACAUUUUGUCUGGGCGCAUCUGUGCCUGUGCUUUGGAUGAGAUCGGCAUUUGAAUCAGUGGACUAAGUAAAGCAAAUUGCCCCCCUCAGUGUAGGUGGGCCUCAGCCAACCCACUGAAGACCAGAACAGAAUAAAAGGCUGAAUAAGAAAGAAAUCUUUAUCUCUUCCUGUCUUCGAGAUGGAACGUGGAUCUUCUUCUGCCGAUGGAUUCAAGCUCAGACCAGAACUGCUCAGACCAGAACUGCACCAUCAGCUCUGACUGCAAAUCUUGGACUUCUCAACCUCCGUAAUCACACAAUCCAAUUCCUUACAUAUAUGAUCUCCAAAGUUUUUUUAUUGGAGGCUGAUUACACAGGCACCCUCUCCCUAGAAUUGGCUCAAAAUUCUAGACUCCCAGAAGGAAAGCAAGUGUUCACCAUAAACCAUAUUGUUUGCAUUAAUAAUUUAGGCACAGUUGUCUACUCUUAUAAUUUAGAAAAUGGUGGAAACCCUCUUAAAAUCUAAGUUCCCCGUUGCCAGCCAAAGGGGAACCUUGUAAGCAAGACUUUCAAAGGACAAGAGUCUCGGGCCAGCUAUGUUGACUUUUCUGUACCAAGAUUCAACAAGGACAGGGAAAGAUUCAGCUAAAAAUAAAAUCUUUUCAUUCUAAAUGCUAAAAAUUAUUCAUGGGCUGUAUUUGACAGUACAGUGAGGAUAAUAGUGUGGACUUAGGAAAUCAAGUUGCAGGUCUUUCUGAAUGACUUUAGGGCCAAGAAUGAGAAGGUUAGACAUUAAGGGAAUUAUUUAUGUUUAGUUAAAUAAUUUGACUUAACCCAAAAGCUUUAAGUCAAUUGGGUAGAGAUGCCAAAAGGUUAACUAAUAUCCCAGCUGUGGCAUAAAGAUUCUUUGCUUUUGCUAUUAGGCCCCACCUGAUUAAUAAGAACCAUUUUUCGUGAAUUAAGUAUCAAUAGUGGGUCUGAUAAGAAACAGUCAUAUAUAUUUAGUCAAUCCUCACAACAAACUUGCAAAGUAAUGUUAGCCACAUUUCACAGGUAUGGAAACAUACUAAGACUGGGUAACUGGCCAAAAACCUUCAGGCUUUAAAAAUAAGUUGAGAUUCUAACCAAGUCUGCAUUUCCCGCUAUACCUCAAAGAUUCCUCUAUGAAAGAUGUUUCAAGGGGUUCAUCUCUGAGGACUUUACAGCCCUCCUACUCUCUAUGAAUGGCUGGCUCAUUGUUCUGCCACAUUGCAAAUCCAACCCCAGCCCUCAGCAUCAGAGCUCUCGAUCAGUAUAAAGCUUAGCCUCGUCUCACCCAGAGCUCAAAAUCAUAGGUAGAUAGUCCUGCUUUAAAAGAGCAGAGAACAUCCAUCAAAAAAAAAGAAAAAAAAAAAAUCAGUCCUACAGAUAUUCAUUAAAAAAUGAUUUCCAGAGUAUGUUCAUAACUACAAACAACACUCUGAAAAGUAUUCACCUUCUCAUUUGGAGUUUUGCCCUCCGCUGAAGGUUUGUUCGAUCCUUACCACCAGCACCACAAUCUUUUCCAUCACUACAGGGCAUCUUCCCAAACCACUCAGCUGUGCUUCUGCUCGCACUUGAAUCAAGUUUAGUUUUAAGAGCCUGAGAAGACCUGUACUUAAAAACAUGCAAAAAUAUGUGAUUUCCCAGAUAAAAGAAGAAAAACAUACUUUGGCCUAAAUUACGCUCUGGUUUAAAACCUGGAAUGUUGAUGCUGGGAGAUGAAAGGCAAUUUCCUGUUGAUUUUUUUUUUUUUUUUUUGAAGUGGAGGGUGGCACAGAGGAAAGAAAUGGAAUAAGAAAGCUGAAUCAUCCCAGUAAUUUUCUAGGCAACUCAGCCUAAAUCAUUUCCAAAAUGCAAUAAGAAAAAAAAUUUCAUUAAAAUUCAAGUAUAUACCUUCUCUGGGAGGAGUCUGGCAUUAAGGUAAUCAAGUAUUUCAAAAAAGCAAUUAGAACGGGGCUUGGAAUUUCAAAUUAUUACCCAGAAUAUUUAGUCAGUACACAAAGGUCACACAAAUGGGUCAAACUUCCUGAAGAUUGUGAUUUGGAGCCCAGGGAACGUAUCUGCCAACUCUGGGAGGGUGGUCUGUUUUCUCCUAUACGAUAAGCAUGCCGAGGGCCUCCCUGAGGACCAGUAGAGGCAUGGGUAUCAGUGCCUGGAGCACAGUGUUAAGAUAAACUGAGGCAUAUUAAAAAUUGUAAGAACUUAUUUGAGCAAAAAUCGAUUUGAACCGGGCAGCACCAAAUGGGAAGUGGUUAAGAGCACUCCACCGACAGGAGCUAGGGGAAAGUUUUCAUAUAGAAAAGGUAGAAGACAAGCAAGGAAAUUAUUGAUUGGCUAUAGCUUAAAGCCUGGUUGGUCGUUUGUAAUUGGUUGGCCUUAGGUUUUGAGUUUGGAACCUUGAGGCAUUUACAGGCAUAGAUCGGGGUUUGUUCAUACAGGCCACACCUCACAGGGUCACCUCAGUGUAAUGACCUCGUUUAAUUAAACAGUAGGUACCAGAGGAUUUUCUACUUGGUUUACUCCAGUGUUUACUUUUGAGCCUACCAAUGAAAAACUCUUACCUUUCAAGUCAGGGUGGGUGGAGGAAGGGCCCAGGAUGAUGUCAAAUCACAGCCUUUCCCCUCCUCAGGAAGUAAAGUCCACUGGCCCGAGAGCCUAAAUUGGCUCUGACUUUCUGGGUCCUUACAAUGCUCACUUGUUUUCACAGUGCAGAGGAAUGAACUGCUUUAAAAAAAACAGUGAUAUUCUAGAAAAUUGUAUAGUUUAGUUUUCUUUCCGGAGUGCUUGCUUCAUCUGUGGAGGGAUUCCUUUGCUGACCACCACGUCAAAGGUAAGAUGAAAACAGGGCUGUGUCAGGGUUGGUUUUCUAUAACAUUCGGAAUGACCGGCUUCUCUCCCAGCCCAGCCAGCUCCCCAGAUGGCCAUUCCACAUGCCCUGCCCGCAGUCUCCUUUCCAGGAAAGAAACAGCCUGCCUGUCAACCUGACAGUGGGAAAUAAAGAAUGCUAUACUCCUUCCUCAGAACAUUUACAUUUUCUUUUUUGCUCUUUCUCUUUAUAAAUUUUUUUUUUACUCAACCAUUUAUUUAUAAGAGGUAGCAGACUCUGUGGUCUAUCACACUUCGCUCCUGAAUACUUUUUAGCACAUUCUCCCACAGAACUACAAGACCACCAACACACCUGAGAUCUAACUUUGUCUACCAUACAGUCCAUUUUCAAAUUUCCCCUACUGACCACCUAAAGUCCUUUACAAUUUUUUUUCAGGUCCAGGAUCCAUUCAAAGAACAGUUGUUCCAUUCUGUUGUCAUGUCUAUUUUUAGUCCUUUAGAAUAUCAUCAUUUUAGCAAGUGCUUUGGAAAGGGAAUUCCCAAACCCGAGGCUCCCCUUCCAUUUUUUAUUUCUCUAAGUCAAGAGCUCAUCCAAAGGACCAGAGGGUGAGGCACGGCUUCCCCUGGGAUUUGACCUGCAGACCUGGGCAGAAGCCAGAGGCCACUCCACCAUCAGAGGUCAGGCUUUGCAGUUAACUCCCUUGCAAUUCCUGCCUAAAAUAAAAUGAGUGGUCAUCCUAAUGCUAUUCAAACUGGUGAUAGAAAAUUUUCUGUAGUGGCUUUGAAGUCUCUCAAAUCACAGCCUUGCAUUAGCUCUUCUUACUUCUCCCAUGGUUCUGUCUGGAUUGUGAUUGUAGAAUAAACAGGGAUAAAGGGACAUUAUAGUCACACAGACUUUGAUGCGUAACUAAGGCCAUACUUCAAGGGAAUGGUCAAAGCCACGUGGACUUGCCAGGGGAAGUCAGGCAGUGGGCCUCCAGAAAAAUCCCCAAAGAUGGUAAAAGUCCUGCUCGCAUUUUUAAGGUUGAGAUCAGAGUCUAUAAACAACUUUAGAAACAGGUGGAAAUCAUCUAUUAAAGGGUGAGAUAAAAAUAAAAAUUACAGUAUAAGUGGUUUUAAACCAUAGAGAAAAAGAAAGAAGUUUAGAAGUUUAGAUCCGUUUCCUGUCAACUGAAUCAACUAUGUCUUGGAUUCAUCACAGGGAUCUCCUGCAUUUGGAGGAAGCAUCAUGCUGAAGAGGGAGGGGAAGGCCCGGCCUUACACUAAAGCCCUGGAUGGAGGUUGGGGAUGGAUGAUUGUGUUUCAUUUCUUCCUGGUAAAUGUGUUUGUGGUGGGGAUGAUCAAGACCUUUGCAAUUUUCUUUGUGGUUUUUCAAGAAGAAUUUGAAAGCACCUCAGAGCAAACUGGUUGGAUUGGAUCCAUCAUGUCAUCUCUUAGUAUUGCAGCAGCACACUCACCUAGUACUAUACUUUCUUUCUUUUCCCAAGGUCCUCUGGUUGCCAUUAUCGCCGAUACAUAUGGAGACAAAACUGUUUCCAUUCUUGGAGCUUUUCUUAUAAGUGGUGGAUUUCUGAUCAGCAGUCAGGCUACAAGCAUUCCAUUUCUUUGUGUGACAAUAGGAGUUUUACCUGGUUUGGGUUCCGCUUUCUUGUACCAAGUAGCUGCGGUGUUAAUUAGCAAAUACUUCAAAAAACGAUUAGCACUUUGUACAGCUAUUGCCCGUUCAGGGAUGGGACUGACAUUCCUGUUAGCACCUUUUACAAAAUUCCUGAUAGACCAAUAUGACUGGACAGGUGCCCUUAUAAUUCUUGGAGCUAUCAUACUGAAUUUGGUACCUACUAGUAUGCUCUUAAGACCCAUCCAUAUCACAAGCAACAGCAAUUCUGAUAUUAAAGAUGAAGGUAGCAGUUUAUCUGCAAGUGGUCCAGAGGCAGAGUGCGGGGCAGAAACAUCACACUGCAACAAGCCACAGGAGUCUACCAUCAGGGACUGUACUACACAGAAGCCUGGACAACCCAGUGCAAGUUUAACUGACUCACAAAAUCAAAACAAAGAGUUCAACAACGGGCCAGACAGGAACAGAUUGCUCCUAACAACUAAUGAACAAAGUUUUGAGAAAAAGGCUGUUUUGUGCAGCUGUAAACAAUAUCUCUCUUUUAUCUCUCUUUUCAAGAAUCCUUUCUUCUGCAUAUUUACCUGGUCUUUACUCUUUAGUCGAUUGGCAUAUUUGGUCACUAACCUUCACCUAGUAGCCAUAGCCAAAACACUGGGAAUUGACAUGACGGACGCCUCCUACCUCGUUUCUAUAGCUGGUAUCACUGAGUCAGUCAGUCAAAUUAUCUUUGGAUGGAUUGCUGAUCGAAACUGGAUCAGAAAGUAUCAUUACUACAAGUCUUACCUGAUCGGCUGCUGCAUCACUAACCUGUUUGCUCCUUUAGCCACCACAUUUCCACUACUCAUGACCUAUACCAUCUUCUCUGCCAUUUUCUCUGGCGGUCACCUGGCACUGAUAAUGCCUGUACUGGUUGAUCUGUGUGAGGAGUCUGUAACACACAGGUUUUAUGGACUCGCCUUUUUCUUUGCUGGUAUAGCUAUCCUUCCUGGACCACCUAUAGCAGGCUGGUUACACGAUUAUACCCAGACAUACGUGGGCUCCUUCUACUUCUCUAGCACAUGCUUUCUCCUCUCUUCUGUUUCCCUUUUCUUUAUACCACUGGCUGAGAGAUGGAAAAAGCAGAGGCUGACCAGAAGGAAAGAGGAUUGCAAUCAACUGUGAGCUUAACAAAACACACGCUAAACUAAUGAGUCAUUGGAAAUGAAAGAAAAUCUAAAAGAAUAAGUUUGGAAAUAAAAGCUUGAAAGAAAAGUUUCCUCAUUUGUAAAAUGAGGUGAACCAUAUAGUUUUUAAGGUUUCUUUUGUUUAGAAUUGUGAAGAAUGUCUAGUAGUAAGAAAGGAGCAAUUUAAAUUAAGCUAUUUGUUAGUAUUUAAUCAAAUAGGUUAAAAUUUUAAUCAGUUGAAGCAGCUACCUUAAGUAUUAAAUGAAAAUCAGAAUGUACUGUAUUAAUUAACCAAACUCUCAAGUGCCAUGGUAAUUCAGUCAGUAAAACAUGUUUAGAAAACCAUUUUUCUUAAUUUAAAGAAGUAUUAAAUAUAGCUUCUGGUUGAUGGAACUCUGGAGUCUGAAUAAAUAUUAAAACCUUGUUUAGUGACUGGAAUGUUACAUAUCACCCAAAGUUUAUCUUUGCUUAUUGAUUAGAGGUAACCUAUUAUUUUGUUUCUUAAAUAUUCUAUGAUAAACAUGUAUUGCUAUGUAAUAAAAAAUCAGAAUUGCUCAGAAAAAAAAUUAUUUCAAGAUGACUUGAAUUUUUAUUCCUGCCCAUCCAAACAGUAUUACUUUUUCAUUCAUUUAAUUAUCUAAAAUAUUCAAGCUAAAUAUCUAGAUGUGUCUUCAGAACCCUGCAAGUUUUAUAUGAAAGUUAUACAGGUAGCUUUUAAUGGGAGAUCCUUAAACUAAUGGAUGUUUCUUGAGUAUGGAAUAAUUAUGUUAAUUUCACUCAGACUAAGCAAUUACAUGUUAAUAGAGAGCCCUUUGUUAUUUGGUGAUUUUAAGAAGGAAAAAACCUAGAGUUCUCUGCAACACCAACCUCCUUUGGCACCUCCUUCAGAAUGCUCCUUCAAGCUAUUAUUAUUAUUAAUCUUUCCAUCCUCUCUGCUUUAAAAUAGCUAUUCCCUCUAGAGAACAAUCCUAAAAUGAAAGCCUGGUUUUAGCUCCAAAAUGCCAUACUGUCUACUCUCUACAUAUACCUUUGUGCAAGCUUUGCUACCAAAUACCAUCCUAAAGACUUGUCUUUCUCCACCAGGCAGUCUCGCUCAUCUUUCACAAUCUGAUUCACUCAAAGGCCGUCUCCUCUGGAAAUCUCCCCUACCAUUAAGUCAUUCUCUCAUCUGGACUCCUAUGUAACUUUCAACAGAAUACUAUAUGAGCUUACAUGUCAACUAUUUCCAGUAGUCUAUAAGAUCAACCAGACGGAUGAUGUUUUAUUCAUCUCUGUAUUCCCCAAGGCCCAGCAUAACUCCCAGGAACUACUCUCCUCCACCCCCUGCCCCUUCCCCUUUGAGCAAUAAUUGUUCUCCAAAGAACCUUUACUCAGGGCAACUAGACUCUUUUUUCUUAUAAAAGGAAACUGUACAUUCUAAGUACGACCAACGAAAGGACUCCAAGCUGAAUUCUGAUUUAUGAACCUUACCUAACAGAGCAGUUCUUCAUCUUACUUAAUGGUAAUAGUCCCUGUAAACCUGGGUAAUGUGGAUUAAGAAAAAUCUGAAUAACCCCUAGACUAUAGGAAGCUGAACACUUUUAUAGGCAAUGUAUCUAUUGUAAUUAACUCAUGAUGUUCCAGUUCAUUUACUACUUUUCUUGGACAUUUUAAGAUGUCAAUACAUUUCUAAGAAUCUAUAAUCCAGAAAUAUUAUUGCUAUCCCAGAUGUAUGUAUAUACCAGUUCAGUAUACAUGUAUACUGAAUACAUAUAUACAUACAUACAUACAUACAUGAAUGGUUUCAAGAAAAGCUAAAUAGCAUACUAAUUUUCUCCUUUUCCCUCAAGAAGUCCCUACAGGACAAAGAAAACAAAUAUUAAACUUCAGUUAUACAAGCAUGUGUGUUUGGAGUAGGAGGGUCAUGAAUAACUUUAUUCCAACACCUAAUUAUACUAGUCACUGAUGUAGGCACAUUUUAUAUAACUUAUUUAAUCUUCACGAGCUUUAGGAGCAGAUACUAUGAUGACUAUUUUACACAUGGAGCAACUUAAGGUCAAAGAAAUUAAACACCCAGUAAGUAGUAGAGUCAAUUCAAACACAAACUGACACAAAAUCGUAUGCGUUCUUCCCUCUCUAGAUCACCCUGGUUUCUUGGCAGUACCAUGAGAUUAUGAAGCUAAUUUAAUUGAAAGCAGUCAUAAAAAAUUUGUUCCAGCUCAAAAUGGCAUAAAAUUUUAAUAUCUAGAUUGAAAGAAAAAAUGCAAAGUACCCAAAAACCAAACAUGACUGCUAAAACGCAAGAACAACGUAGUUAUUAAGAUAAUUAACUUUUUUUAGGUCUUCCAAUAUAUACCAAACCUGACCAAAAAAGAUAAUGCCUUAGUACAGGCCACUUAUAAUUCCUUAAUACUAAAUUAUUAGCUUCAAUACAUAAAUUUAUUACAAAUUUACAAUAAGUUGUAAGCCUUGAAAUAUAUACAAGUACAUAUAUUUUAUUUAGUAGAGUUAUGGUAAUUUGAAUAUAAAAGUUCAGUAUACUUUCUUCUCAGCUAGUUACUGGGUUAUAUUUAAAACUAUUAAGAUACUAUUUCUUGCUGUUCUUACUCUUAACAAAAUGCCACACCACCGUUGUUAAAGAAGGAAUUUUCAAUAUGGAUCACUAAAUUCUAUUUCCGAUACUAAAACUCUAUACUUUAUAGUAUUUUUAAGUUCUUCCCCAUCUAUUACCUCAUUAUCACUAAGUCAAUCCUGUGAGGAAGUUCAACAGGUAGUAUUACUUCUAUUUUAUGCAUAAGGAACAAAAGCAAAUUAAGACCAAGUUAUUUGCUUAAAGUUACAAAGCUAGCCCUUGACAGAGCCAAUUCUGAAACCUAAUUACCACUCCUCAUUAUAUCAUGGCCCUUGGCUCUUCUUCUUUAAUAAUUCUCUAGGAGUUGAAAAUUUAAUAAAAGCAACAAUUAUACUUAAAUGGACUGAAAUGAUUAUUUUGUGAUCUUUUCAAACAAUCUAGGCAUAUUAAUGUGUGAUGUUAUGUGUGCAAAAAAUGAGCUCCUUAGUAAAUGAACUUGCCUAACUAUAAAAUUAGCUUUUUCCAUACAAGAAAAAAUAAACCAUGUAUUAAUAUUUGAUUUUAACUGUUUUUAAGAAAGACAUAAGACAAAACUUGGGCAGUGGUUUCUCUGAAGACCUCAAUAUAAAACCAAAGCCCAGUACUUUUUAAAAACCUUGAGUGGUUUUUCUUAAGCCAGAACCAACUCGUAUGAGGCUUUAUAUCUACGUAUUUGCCUUAUUUGGCUAAUCAUUUGUCACAAAUAUCUACCCAAUUGUCUCACAUUUAUCACCUAUAAUCUUAACAGACACGCAUAAAUAAUAAAAGAAAAUAACAAAAGUCCUUGAAAUCAACUUUUAAAUAAACCAGUUUAAAAUUCACCAUAGGACAGGGGUGGAGUACUGCUAUAAAUAUAUAACUACAAAUGUAUAUCUUUCAAGAUGUGGUUAGAAACUAGCAAUAACGUUUUCUGUUACUUCUGAUGGUGCCAUGAAAAAAUUAUGUAAUAAAAUAUAUAUAUAUAU